GAUUCAUUCACGUUAUGUUUUUGUAGAGGCGCCCAGUGUUUAUGAAGUCGAUGAUGUCGUAGUUUUUCCUCUGAAUGGAUCCUAAAACAACUGCCUUGGUGAAUGCCGCUCCUCCAUACGGUCACGUGGUCUGCAGUGAGAAAUGGAGGACUUCCUCUCUUCUUCAGGGCUUAAAGGAAGCUGGUUUGAAAAUCCUGUUUGAAAAUGAACUGGCUGUGGCCGAUUUCCUCCUUCCCAACAAAGUGUGCCUCCUGUACGUGUCUGAGGGGGACAUGGUGGCAGGAAACGGGUGCAGGAGGAAGCUGGUCCGCUACAGAAACGCCAGCAGCAGCUUCCAGCAGCUAGUGUUGGCGGAGAGGACCAGGCUCAGUGAGCAGUACUUCUCCGCCCUGCAGAAGUUUGUGGUGUUGGACCUGGGUUUGUCUCUGCUGCCUGUCGGUGGGCAGACAGAGGUUCAUGGGGAGGGCAGGGAGAACCCAUUCAGACGGAGGACUUCAUGCCGGCUGCUGGAUUCAAUCACUCUGGCUUUGGUCCAGCAGAUCCCCGGGGUCGGCAAGGUCAGAGCUGUGACUCUGAUGCAGAACUUUCCCAGCAUCCAAGAGAUCUCCAAUGCAUCCCCGGCUGAGUUAGAACCCUUGGUGGGCCAGGCCAGCGCCCAGCAGAUCCACAGCUUCUUCCAUGCUCACCUGACUCCUGGAAAUUAAGGACCAACAUGUCAUUUUCAGUGUUUCUUUGGGCUGCACCUAAACUGUGGAGCUUCCGUGCAGCUUCAUAUGAAGACUUUGAGAAGUGUUGUAGUUCUGGAUUCAGAUUUUAACUCCAGUCUUGGAAAGAGUGUGAACGGGCUUCAUUGAAAACGACAGCUUGCCUUAUGUGACUGCCUGACAGCGCAUUUCUACGCCGAGACGUAUCGUCACUCAGCCGACAUUUGACUUUCUUUUUAAACACUGAACAAUGAAGUUUAGUCUGUGGAGAAGGGUGGAAUUUUGAUUUAUAUUAUUUUUAUAAAAUACUUUCAUAUCAGUUCACCAUGUUUCCUAGUAGUUCUUCUUGGUUUCCAUUGCUUCACUGCAAAGAAAGGAAAUCUAAUUUAAAAAAAAUAAAAUAUGGGAUUUUUUUCCUUGUAUUGUGAAGGAAAGUGAGACGCUUUGCCAAUGGAACAAGACAAUUUACAUUUAGAAUAAGAAAAAAAAACAAUUGCGUUGUUUCAUUUCAAGUGCAUAUUAUCCAAUUAUCUUAUUGUAAAAGUGAAAAUGCUCAGUCAAUUGGACAGUCAUCUACCUACUCAGAUUAAGGGUGAAUUCUUUUUAGACAUUUUAACUCCUUUUCAGAACGUUUUUUCAGUGUAGUUUUAUUGAUAAACAACAUUUGUCGUUACAUAUUAUCAGAAAGAAAAAAAAUACAAUCUAUGAAUAUAAUUUUAUACUUCCAAGCUUAUAAGGAUUGUUAAACUAAGUGUUUUUAAUGUUCAACAGUAGCAUAAUGUUGGAUUGUUGCACCCCAAAUUGUCCAAUUGUUCAUCCAUAUAUUUUGUCAGGAGAGGGAUAGUAGAGAUGCAAGAGAUACAGAAGAAAAGAUGGGAGGAAAGGAGUCAGAGAGGCACAGUAGGAAGAGUAAACUUAAAAUCACACUGCAGGGCGUGCAGGUGGCGCAGUGGUUAGCGCACACUACCCACGUACGGAGGCCUUAGUCCCUGACGUGGGCAACCUGGGGUUUUAAACCAACCUGUGGUCUCUCCCCCUCUCUCAUACUUCCUUUCCUGUCAGCCACUGGUGCCACUAGUGCCGUAAAAACUCAAAACCAAAAGUACACUGCAAAAGCAAUCUAGAAUGAAGUUAAAAAAAAUCUUAAAUUAACCGUAUUUAUUUAGGAAAAUCAGAUGAUCUGCCAAUGGAAUGAGAAUUUUGACUCUUCAAAUAAGAUAAUGAGAAAAAAUAUAUUUUAAAUAAGAGACUGCAUCUGUUUUUUAUUCUUAAUUUACAUGCACAUUGUCUGAAUCAAUAUGCAAAGUGCCUCAGUCAUCUGCUCAAUUCAAGAAAAGUG